GGAUAAAUACGCGUCCGCUCAUUUGCAUCUUUAGCUAAGGAUGGGCUACCUUAUCGCCAUGCUCCCGGCUCUCCCCGACUGCAUCACCUGCCUGUGCUUUCUCCUCGUCGCCACCGUCUUCUUCUUGACCGCGCGCCGUCGUGGAAAUGAGCACGUGACGGGCUGGCUGCGUAGGCUCGCGCCUGUGAUCACUCGGGUGGCGCGGCAGGGAGGUUCCAGCGGGCAGGGCAGCCGGCGCGGCCUGUCCAUCCAGGUGACGGACCGUGCGGUGGCGCACCGCGCCUUGGUGGAGCACAACUCCGUGUUCCUCCACCGCCCCUCCGGCACCGUGCCAAGUACCAUCCUCACGCGUAACCGCCACUACAACAUCCUGUCGGCGCCGUACGGCCCCUACUGGCGCGCCGUCCGCCGCAACGUGGCUGCCGGCGUCCUCCACCCAUCCCGGCUCAGCCGACUCGGCGAUACCCGUGCCCGCGUGCUCGGCAACCUGGUGCGCGACCUCAGGUCCGGCGCCCCCGCAGCCGAGAGCCUCUAUUUCGCCGUGUACUCUGUCCUCGUCGAGAUGUGCUUCGGCAAGGACGUCGUGUCCAAGCUCGGGGAGACACGCAUCCGUGCCAUGCAGAAGUACCAGCGCCACAUGCUCCACACCUUACCCUCCUCUGGAGUGUUUGUGAGGUACCCGAGGAUCGGUAAGCUCCUUUACCCAUCACGGUGGCGCCAGCUUCUUGCAGUCCGGCGGCAGCAAGAAGAAUCGUUCCUGCCGCUCGUCGCCGAGAUCAAGAAUAACCUGAAGGAGGGCCGUGGUUCCAGCUCCAAGUCUUACGUGGAGUCCCUCCUGGACCUACGCAUCCAAGAAGAUGGCGGCCGGGCCGUCACUGACGGCGAGCUCGUGAGCCUUAUCUCGGAGUUCCUCGGUGCCGGCACAGAGACCACGGCUUCUGCGCUACAAUGGACGAUGGCCAACCUCGUAAAACGCCCCGACCUGCAGCAGAAGCUCCGCGUCGAGGUCGACGCCAUUGCCGGCAACGGGCAAGUCGUCGAGGAGACGGAGCUGUCACGCAUGCCAUACCUCAAGGCCGUCGUGCUCGAAAGCUUGAGGCGCCACCCGCCGCUGCCGUUCGUGCUGCGCCACAUGGAGGGCGAAGAAGCCGCGAAGGCGCUCGGCCUGACAAGCGUGCCGGACGGCGGCGCGACGGUGAAUUUCCUCGUGGGGAAGAUCGGCCGCGACGCGGCGGCGUGGCCGAAUCCAAUGGAGUUCACGCCGGAGCGCUUCAUGCCCGGCGGGGACGGCGAGGACGCGGACCUGACUUGCACGAGGGAGCUCAGGAUGAUGCCGUUCGGAGCCGGGAGGCGCGCGUGCCCGGCGAUCGCGCCGGCGAUGCUGCACCUCAAGUACUUCGUGGCCAACCUUGUCAGGGAGUUCGAGUGGUGGGAGGCCGACGGCGACGACAACGCGGUCGACCUCGCCGAGUUCCGCGGGCUAUUCAUCACCAUCAUGAAGCGCCCGCUCCGCGCCCGCCUCGUGCCGCGUAACGCAGCAGCAUGACAUUGCAUGGCCCACGUACUGUUGUAAUCUUGUUGUUUAGCCCUCGCACAUCUCGAUAAUAGGUGCUGUCGAUCGGAUCUGUCAGUAGCGUGCUGCGUUGACGCUGCGGCCAAGUUUUUGCGUUUAUCUCGCAUCGCAUGCAAAAUUGCAAAGUACUCCCUCCGUUUCUAAAUAUAAUUUUUUUAAGCGAUUUCA